CAAUCAUUUGCUGAUUUUCAUAUUUAAAUAAAUGCUAAAGACAGUUUAAUCCACAAAUAACAUAGAACAUCACAAUGAGAACAUUUAUACUAGCUUUUUUCAUUCACAUUUCAACAUUUGGAUCCAUAAAUUCACAAUUACAGUACAAUAAUCAGUAUCAACUAAAUCCAAGCAAUAUUUAUAGUCAAUUUGGCUAUAAUCAGCGACCAGCAACUCAACAAGCUUAUCGACCGAUCAAUCAGCAACAUUUUUACUAUCCACAACAAGAAACAACCAAAAGAAAUCAAGUUUAUCAAACAGGUUCCAACACAGCACUUCGCUUAAGUGAAAGAAAAUGUAGCGAAUAUUUGAAAAAAGCUCAAAAUUCUGUAUUAGUUGGUUCUCUUUCCUUAUUACCCAACAUUCUAGACAUUCAAACUGAUAAUUGUGAUGCCUCUCAAGGUUUGAUUAUUGGUGGUGAAAAUGCAAAAGCGGGAGAAUUUCCUCAUAUGGCUGCUAUUGGAUAUAGAAAUCUGGACAAUAUUGUUGGUUUUAAAUGCGGCGGGUCGUUAAUAUCAGAACAAUUUGUUUUAACUGCUGCACAUUGUAGAGUUGCUGGACGUGAUAAACCGUCAGUUGUUCGUCUUGGUGAUUUAAAUAUAAGUUAUAAGGAACAUAAUUCACCUGAAAUUGACAUAGCAAUAGCUGCUUUUAUAGUUCAUGAAAAGUAUGAUCCUAGUAAAAGUAAAAAUGACAUUGCAGUCGUUAGACUUGUGAGCAAAGUGACACUUUCAAAAAGUAUCCGACCUGCAUGUUUGUUGAAUCCAACUUAUACAGCCACCAUUCCAAAAGCUAUCGCAACUGGUUGGGGAUUAACUCAAUCAUACACAGAACAUACAUCCGAUAUUUUGCAGAAAGUUGAAUUGCCCAUCAGGGAUCUUUAUACAUGUCGUAGACUUAUUGAUGAUCAAAAUAUAGAUGAGACGCAAAUUUGUGCAGGAGAAACUGGAAGAGAUACUUGCCAGGGAGAUUCAGGAGGUCCGCUUCAAAUAGUAUCAUCAAAAAAUAAAUGUGUCUACAUCUUAAUUGGAAUAACAAGUUAUGGAAACACUUAUUGUGGAGAAGAUGAUACUCCUGGCAUAUAUACACGAGUGUCAAAUUAUGUGGACUGGAUUGAGCAGAAAGUUUGGGGAUCUGGAUAAAAAUUUUUUGUCAAUUUUAAGACAUUGUUGCUUUUUGAUUUGUGAAUCAAUAAAAUUUGAAUGAUUUUUAUCUAUUAUCUACUUAAAAAAA